UUAGUGUAGGGGGGGGGGCAAUGCUGGCCACGCCCUCUGACCGUCUACCUGGUGGAGUCCCGCGUCCGAGCUUGAGAGCGAGGUGAGCGACUCCACGGUGCGCUAGCUGCCGUCUCGCUCCCGCAGGUCACGAUGUCGCUGUGCGUGUUGUGCGCCUGGCUGCUGGCACCGCUGGCACUGCUGGCGCUGCUCGUAGUGCUCGGCGUGGUGCUGCUCGCCAGGCACGGCGUGCUGCCCUUCGGCGCCUCUGCCGAGAACAACCCGUUCAAGACGGACACGCGGCGCGAGCCCGCAGCCCUGACCGUCGAGAAGGAGGCGCGGGAGAAAGUGAUCCGCCAAGGAUUUGUGGAGAACCGCGUGCCGAAGCAGCUGGAUGCCGUGGUGGUGGGAAGUGGCAUUGGAGGACUCACAACGGCGGCGCUGCUGGCCAAAGCUGGGCGUCGUGUGCUGGUGCUGGAGCAGCACACUCGUGCUGGGGGCUGCUGUCACACCUACCAGAAGAAGGGCUUUGAGUUCGAUGUAGGGAUACAUUACAUUGGGGAGAUGCACAACAACUCCGUGUCUCGUACACUCAUUGACCAGCUGACGGACGGGCAACUGCAGUGGGUGGAGUUGGACAAUCCGUUCGACACGGUGGUGUUCGGAGACCCCGCUGCCCCGCGCCUCGUCGUGCCUCUCUACAGUGGGAGGCGCCGCUUCUGGGACGAGCUCCACGCCGCCUUCCCCAAGGAUACAAAAGCAAUUGACAAGUUCCACUCCCUCCUGCAGGAGGUGCGCAAGGGGUUGCUCUAUUCGCCGCUGCUGAAGUUGCUGCCUCUGUGGCUGUCCAAGCUGCUCAUUCGCAGUGGCAUCAUCGACCGGUUGACCUCCUACUUCCGUCUGGCUUCGCGUAGCCUCUCCUGUGUGCUCGCCGAGAUUACCGACAACGCAGACCUUCGCGCCGUCAUGGCCUACAACUUUGGGGACUAUGGUUGCCCUCCCAAGGACACAAGCUUCGUGAUGCAGGCGGUCCUCAUCAACCACUUUGUGCAGGGCAGCUGGUACCCGGUGGGGGGCGCCAGCGAAAUCGCCAUGCACAUCAUCCCCGUGAUCCAGCGCGCGGGCGGCGCCGUGCUGGUGCGUGCCCCCGUCUCGCGCAUCCUGCUCGACUCGGACGGCCGUGCCUGUGGAGUGAUGGUGAACAAAGGAGGCGAAGAGGUGCAGGUUAAUGCCCCCAUGGUCAUUUCGGACGCUGGCAUGUUUAACACCUACGAGGUUCUGCUUUCGGAGGAGAAGCUGGCGACUGCGGGAGCUCGUGAGCAGCUGAGUCGACUGCAGCACGGCCUAGGAGCCUUCACCGUCUUUGUAGGACUCGACGGAACCAAGGAACAGCUCAAACUGAAAGCCGCUAACGUGUGGCUGUUCAAGGAGAAUGACCUCGAUGCCAGCUUCAGCAGGUUCAUGGCGCUCUCCAAAGAAGAGGCAGCUGAGGCGGAUGUCCCCAUGCUAUUCAUUUCCUUCCCCUCUGCCAAGGACCCCUGCUGGGAGCAGCGCUAUCCUGGAAAGUCCACGCUGGCCAUAGUGACGUUUGCUCCCUACGAGUGGUUUGAGGAGUGGAAGGAUGAGCACGUGAAGAAGAGAGGGGAGGAGUACAUGACGUUCAAGAUGGCCAUGGCACGGCGCUUGUUGGACAGUGCCACCGACUUGUUCCCUCAGAUCCGAGACAACAUUGAGUACAUCGAGGCAGGGAGUCCACUCUCCCAUCAGCACUACAUCGCAUCCCCACGCGGAGAGAUUUACGGCAUCCACCACAACCUGCCGCGCUUCAGUGCUGAAACCACAGCAGUUCUGCGUCCGGAGACCUCUAUCCCCAACCUGUAUCUCACAGGCCAGGAUGUGUUGACCGCAGGAUUUACGGGAGCAAUGUUCGGAGGGCUGCUGUGCGCAUGGCGUGUGCUCAACCGCAACAUCUACUGGGACCUCCUGUCUCUGCGCAACAAGAUCUCGCCCAGGAAGCACAGCAAGCAGGGGUAGUGCUCCAUGCCUCGCUUGUGCACUGCUAUUGAGGGAAAUGCCUUUUACAAAUGGCCCUGCUCUCUGCCUCUCUGGUGCACAUACGUAUGUAUGCUGAACGCAUUUCGCACAAUUCGUAGCCAACCGUGCUAAUCGGAGGUGCGGGGGAAGGACAAGAGAAGUGAGAUUCUCUUCCUCAUACGAGGUCACAGUGAUCACCAACACGACUUGGAAAUGAAUGACGCAUGCCUCUUCCCAUUGUGAGGAUAAAUUGGCCUUCCUAAGCAGCAGCCAGUUAGGAAAAUGCUCAGAUGUUUCUACAUUAAUUGUCAAUGCAGGAUCUGGUUUACGAAUGUGUUUAAAUGUGCACCUUAACGCAUUGCCGAUCUAUAUAUCGUCUGGGUGUAUGGAUAUCCAGAAAUGUGGUGCUGUGAUUAGAGUGUGCAGCUGAAAGGGUUUGUAAAUUCAAAUCUAGGGUGGAGGUUAACUCAUCCCAUCCUCUGGGGCCACCAGUGGACAUGAGCAACCCCUCAUUGGUUAUUGGUGCAUGGAGAUGACUGGACAGGUCUGGGGUGCACGAGACGACCCAUGAGAUUAUAACUGCAAUAAUCCGCGUUGAAAUGGGGAGGAAGGCUAUAUUGCAGACUCGCUAAUCCGUGCUGCAGCGCCGUGGUCAGACUUAUAAUCCUCACAAAAAAUAUUUGACCCAGAGUGCCACGGAAUAUGGCGCAAUUAUGCCAUGUCCGUCUCUGUUGAAGGAUUUUUAGCAUUUUUUACUUGAUAAUAAAGUAACAAAAAAUGAAAAAAGCCCCGACUAAACAAAUCAUGUUGGCAGAGUUAGUCUAUGCCACAUGAACAAAAACACAAUCUUAUCCCUGCAUUAUUCCCAGGCGCGAUCUCUGUCCAGCUCCACAUUAGCCCCUCCCAGCGGAUCGUGGUUUGUGAACCGGCAAAGCGUUUUCAAUCCGGUGCCGUAUCUCGCCGAUCAUGGGAGGAGUCGUAAUCCACCAAUAAUCCAACUACAAUUGACAGACGUUCGUAUAUUAUUGACAGUGCACAAAUUAUUGUUCUUCCGUACAGACGUUAGCCUCCUCCUGGAAUAAGUUGGCAGGACCUUCCUGAAAAAGAGCCUUAAUUGAUGCAUUCCUGGGUAAGAAAGUGUAAUAGUAAUCAUUUGUGAAUUUCCAAGUCAGAUAAAAGCACGGGCGGGGCUUUUUGAUGAUAACUAGGGGUCAACUUGGAUAACUCAGUUAAUCGUAAUAAAGCAACCAGCUAUAUCACGUCACCAGCUCUUCGGCCAGGUGGCUCAGCGGUAGAGUGCGCAAUUUGUAUUCAUAAGAUUACAAGUUAAAAUCUUAGUUGGGGAUUGACUCGGACCAUCAUCCCCCACCUCUUGGCUCAAUAAAGUGAGUACCACUUAGUGGGUGGUUGUCCAAUGAAUCGUGAUCAAACAGGAAAUCUAUAAUUCUUACAAUGCAAUUGAGUUUUUACUAAUGAUUGGUUUUACUGUCUAGCUUUUUAAUAUUUGUCAGAUGUUGUCAUGAAUUUUCCACACACACACAAAUAAAAACGAUUUGAAAAUCUG